AUGAGGUUAUCCGCCGUUGCCUGCGGGCUCUUUGCCUGCUUCGUUUCUCAGGUUGCUGCAACGGCAUUGACCUACAAGAUCCAUGCCAACGAGAAGGCUUGCUUCUAUGCCAAGACCCAGAAGGAGAAUGAGAAGGUGGCCUUCUACUUCGCCGUUCAAUCGGGUGGUUCGUUCGAUAUCGAUUACGUUGUGACGGGACCUGGCAGCAAGGUCAUCCUCGAUGGAGCCAAGGAGCGUCAGGGCGACUUUGUCUUCACGGCCCAGCAGGUUGGCGACUACGAAUUCUGCUUCAACAACGAGAUGAGUACAUUUGCCGAGAAGUUUGUCGACUUCGAGAUUGCCGUUGAGAACGAGGUUCGCGCCCAGCUUCCUUCCAAGCAGGGUGCCUCCCCAGAGCAGCACAGCACCCUCGAGGAAACCAUUUUCAAGCUGUCUGGCCAGCUCUCCACCAUUUCGAGAGGCCAAAAGUACUUCCGCACCAGAGAAAACCGAAACUUCAGUACCGUCCGAAGCACCGAGUCGCGCAUCAUCAACUUCAGCAUGAUCCAGUGCGCCUUGAUCGUAUUGAUGGGUGGCCUGCAGGUGUUUAUUGUGCGCUUCUUCUUCCAGGGCGCUCGUAAGGGUUACGUGUAA